AGAACAGGAAGAGCUCCCAGAUAGACAACACAGAAAGCCGGUGUGUGUUUUAUUUUAACUGGAUUUCUGCAAGAAAGAAAGCCAUAUGGCUGCAGGAGGGAUGAAACUGUCGAGUUUAUGCUGUCUGCUCUUGUGUUUAAUAGCGGCAGUGCUCGCCGGGAGAGAUUUCUACAAGAUCCUCGGUGUAACUAAAUCAGCAUCUAUCAAAGAGAUCAAGAAAGCCUACAGAAAGCUGGCCCUGCAGCUCCAUCCUGACCGGAACCAAGACGAUCCCAAAGCCCAGGACAAAUUUGCAGAUCUUGGAGCGGCUUAUGAGGUGCUGUCAGAUGAAGAGAAGAGGAAACAGUAUGAUUCUUAUGGAGAGGAGGGACUGAAAGAAGGUCAUCAUAGCUCGCACGGUGAUAUAUUUUCGAGUUUCUUUGGGGACUUUGGGUUUAUGUUCGGUGGAAACCGACAACAACAAGACCGGAACAUUCCUAGAGGAAACGACAUUGUGCUGGAUCUUGAGGUUACGCUGGAGGAGGUUUAUUCUGGAAAUUUUGUAGAGGUGGUGCGAAACAAACCUGUUGCGAAAGAGGCUCCAGGCAAAAGGAAAUGCAACUGUCGCCAGGAGAUGAGAACCACGCAGCUCGGGCCAGGCCGCUUCCAGAUGACCCAGGAAGUAGUCUGCGAUGAGUGCCCCAAUAUUAGGCUUGUGAAUGAAGAGAGGACUCUAGAGGUGGAGAUCGAGCAGGGGGUCAGGGAUGAGAUGGAGUACCCCUUUAUUGGUGAAGGCGAACCCCAUAUCGACGGAGAGCCUGGAGAUCUUCGCUUCCGCAUCAAAGUCUUGAAGCACCCAGUGUUUGAGCGCCGAGGUGACGACCUGUACACGAAUGUCACCAUCUCCCUGGCGGAGGCUCUGGUUGGCUUUGAAAUGUAUAUCCCACAUUUGGAUGGCCACAAGGUUCAUAUUGUUCGAGAUAAAAUCACCAAGCCUGGAGCUCGAAUCUGGAAGAAGGGUGAAGGACUUCCUAACUUUGACAACAACAAUAUCCGUGGAUCGCUUAUAAUAACCUUUGACGUAGACUUCCCCAAGGAGCAGUUUAAGGAAGAGGAGAAAGCUGAUAUAAAGAAGCUUCUGAAGCAGACACCGUCUCAGAAGGUUUACAACGGUUUACAGGGAUACUGACACACCAGCCAACCAAACCAGGACUGAUUACCCUGUCAAGUUCCAUACCCCAUUUAAACACACACAAAAAGAAGCAAGCAUGGAGGAUUUAUUUAUUUUCUCAGACUGUACUCAGGAUAGGUUGUCUGUACGUGUGGUUUUUUUUGUUUUUAUUUAGUUUUGAUUUGGGACUUUUUAAAAACCUUUCUCUUGAAGUAAGGUUAUCAAAAGCAGCCAGUUUUUAUUUUUUUUAUGAACCUUUUUUUUUUCCACCCGAUUUGUUUCUUCUUUAAGGCUUUAGUGAUUUCGGUUUCAGUGUUUGCGUUACAGUUUAAUAGUUUUUUUCUGUCUUGGCCUACCCAGUCUACCCAGUCAUGACUCAACACUGUCCAGGAACCGAGCUGCCACAGAAAAGCGUAACGAGAAAGACCGAGGCUUUAUAUCCGAGGACACUGCGUCUGUACUGUAUGCCGUCAAAGCCGAAUAUUUCUUUUUCAGAAAGGAUUUAUAUGAAUGUGUUGUUUAUUUGUAGAUGUUUACCCUCGUGCUUCCUUCUUUGAGUAUUUCCUGGGGGUGGUUUGGGUCAUGUUUAUUAACUGUCAGAUAUUUCAUCCAACCUUUUUCAAUUUUUAACAUGUCAGACGUCACCUCCAUGGCCUUGCCUAUGAUUAAACUUUCGCCUGUGCUCCUGUUAAGUCCCAUGCCGGUGUGUUUCCACCAAGGGACUACUGCACUAAAAUUGCCCAAUAGGAGGAAAGUUUACAAGGAUCACAAGAAGACCUCAAUUAAAGGUUUAUAAUGAUGUUUCAAACUGACUUUGUAUUAAAGACAUUUUCCCGUGCCAGGCCACAUGUCCAGCCCAGGGUUAAUAAUGGAUAAUAAUGAUUACAGGGUUCGUACAAAGUGCAUGAAUUAGGCUUUUUUUUUUUUAAAUGUAAGUACUGGAAAACCUUGAAAAUAGCCAUUUUUUUAAAUCUAGUGGUGCUUAAAAAGGUCUUGAAUUAUCAAGUUAAUAAAUAUGAAAUCGCAGAAUAUCUUUAGUUUCUAUUUUCCGACAGAACGCGAAUACAAUCCUUUCACUUAAAAUAUGACAUCUCCUCCCUCUCCCUUCUCCCUCUCCUCCUCCCUCAUUUUGACUGAGACGGGGCCGGUCCACUUUUCAGACCCCUUUAGCGACAAAUCUGUCAACUUUUUGGGCAAACCGUAGCUACUUUCCAUAGAAGAUGGUCACCAGUACUGCCCUGCGAGCGCGAGGUCUUGCUUUCCCCCCAGCAGGUACACCUCUCUCUGGGGCUACUCUGGUCAGUGAGGGGCAGAUAAGAGCAGCACGUUCAGUAUGAGAGGAA